AUGAUCACAUGGGUGAACCGGUUUCACGACGCAGCAUUUGAAACUGUCGAUGCCCAGUCACGAGGAGAUAUGUCUCUCUUUGGCACUAGGAAGCCUGCGAAGAUCGUGCAAAUGUCUCGGCUACUACUGUCCCUCGCCGUUGGCCUGGCACACCAGCAAGAGUUCAUCAAGCGCUUUCCGGAGCUUGUUCGCCGCAUGUCGGAAUUUGAGGAUCGGACCUCAUUUCACCUCGGAGAAACGCGUGGUGCUGCAGAGGGGCGUGCACGCGUCAUCGAAAUGCACAUGAAGAAGAGGUCGACCCUGACGUUGGAAGUGAUGAAAGAAUUCUGCGAACUGAAAGAAUACGAAGAAGGGGAUUGGAUCACGAUCUACAACGAGCUGGCUGCCUCCUAUCGGCGAUUUGAGCCGGUGAGUGAGCUGGACCUCCAGACUGAAAUGACCGACGUCUUCGAGGGUCAGCUACAAGUGUCCCACCAUCGGCUCAUCUUCCACGACGAGUACAAAGACAAUCUGAAGAAGGCGCGAUAUGGUGAU